ACGAGGAUUUUCACGAAAACACCAACUGCAGACUGCGUACUCGUGCCAGCGGGAACGGUGCUACGGCGAACGGGACCCGACGGAACGGACCCAACGGCGUGACAGCCGAGUCGAUGGCGCUCGUGAAGUUGGAUAACGGUGUCUGGCCUUGAGGAGAGAGACGUUAGAAGCGUCACGUCGGGUUUCACGGCAAUGAAUGCGGUGUCACUUGUUCGGCAGAGAGACGGAGUGAGAGGGGCCAAAGUGGACUCGCUCCCUCGGUAGGAGCCGCUCCGCCUGAUGGAGGCUGACGGGACCUUUGCAGUGAGCUCGAGGCCCGGAAUGUCACCUGUGAAACGCCAACACCUCGUUGGGAGAAGUUUUUGAGGAGGCUAAGACCGCGCACACCUGUCUGCGCUUUCGAGGACUCGUCUCGACAACUUCUUCGUGCGCCUGCACACGCAAACUAAAGUUAGCGGGUCAACGUUGGCUGCGCGAGGCGACCCCUCAGGCAAGAUGACGGUGAUAGAGAGCUCUCAGCGGGAGGUCGCUCUGCGCCUCAGGUAACACCGGACAGGUGACCAGCACGCUAGUUCCCAUUUAAUGGACUUCAAGCUUCUUUCUCACAAAGUGGUCCCGUGAUAUUUCACCAGCAGCAAGUUGACUUCAACUACAACACAUUUGCCUGCGAGAAUUGAGCAUUGUUUUUUUUUUUGUAUUAUUAUUUUGUUGUCUCUUCAACUGUCGCCUUCUCCGUCAAUCAUGUCAUCCAAAGACAAUCCUUGUCGGAAGUUUCAAGCCAACAUUUUCAACAAAAGCAAAUGCCAGAACUGCUUCAAGCCCAGAGAAUCCCAUUUGCUAAACGACGAAGACCUAAACCAGGCAAAGCCUAUAUAUGGAGGAUGGUUGCUACUGGCACCAGAGGGGACAAACUUUGAUAAUCCCUUACACAGAUCUCGGAAAUGGCAGAGGAGGUUCUUCAUUCUCUACGAGCACGGCUUGCUUCGCUACGCUCUGGACGAAAUGCCCAGCACUCUACCUCAGGGUACAAUCAACAUGAACCAGUGCUCCGACGUCAUUGAUGGAGAGUCCAGGACGGGUCAGAAGAACUCUCUUUGCGUUCUGACCCCUGACAAAGAGCACUUCAUACGGGCCGAGUGUAAAGAAAUUAUCAACGGGUGGCAGGAGGCUCUGACUGUCUACCCCAGGACCAACAAGCAGAACCAGAAGAAAAAACGCAAGGUUGAUCCACCCACUCACCAGUCGCUCUGUGACCUUACCUCCCAUUAUGUCAUUUCCUCUUCCCAUCCACUCCUUCCAACCCAAACGCGUGCCCAGGAGCCCGGCCCUGCCAAGGUGACGGUGACCAGCAGCAACAGCAGUGGAGGAAGCAUCCCUUGCCUGGCCAGCAGCAUCGCCAGUGCCGAGCGUGUCCCGAUAAGCCGUGCCACUCUGUGGCAGGAGGAGCACCGCUGGAGCAGGGCCACCAUCCCCUGCAGCCGCAGUGCCUCCUGUCUCAGCCAGCUGAGCCAGAGCCAACCAGACUCCAGCAUCGCAACUCAAGAUGAUGGUGGCACCAUGAGCACUGGACGCAAGGUACGAGUGGAGAGUGGUUACUUUUCCCUGGAGAAGACCAAGUCGGAGCCUUUUCCACAAUCUCAGCCACCCAAUCAUCUACCCUUGUCCUCUUCACCAUCUUCCUCCUCAUUAGGAGCUCUCAGUCCCAGGUACAACUCUGAGUCUGAAUCCCAAACUUCCCCUUUUCAACCCUCCCGAGAUCCUCUCCCUUCUCCAGGUGCACUUGUUUCACCCAACUACUCCACCAUCAGUUCCUCCCAGAGCUCGCUGGAUUCUGAACCCAGUGGGACUACACCCACCUGGGAGGGACGCAUUGGUGGUGGAGGAAGUGUUUGUAGUGUCAGUGGUGGAGGCGGCAGAGUGGGCCGGCCUGGCAGGGAGUACGCGGCGCUGUCCGAUGUUCCGCGAGCUCGCAGGCUGAGUCACCGCGAAGCCUUCCGCUCAGAAAAAAAGCGCCAAGAGCUGAGGACACGGACCAGGAGUCCUGGCAGAGAGGAGGUGGCUCGGCUGUUUGGGGAGGAUCGCAGGCGUUCUCAAAUCAUUGGCAGAUUUGAGGAGGGUCAGCCUGUAGAGCGCAUGGACAUGAGCAGCUCCAAUGAGCCCGCCACUAACACCACGCUAAUCCAGAGACAAGGACGCAGCGAGAGGCGCUAUGUGGCAAACAAACAUGAGAUGUCACUGGAUGCAGGAAAGGAUCGCUCAGUCCCUGAUGUGUCCAGCUCCACUUAUGCUAAUUUAAGAAGAGCCAAGUCAUUGGACCGCCGAGUCACCGAGUCCUCAAUGACUCCAGAUCUGUUGAACUUCAAAAAAGGAUGGAUGACAAAGCUGUAUGAAGAUGGAAUGUGGAAGAAACACUGGUUUGUCCUGACAGAUCAGAGUUUGAGGUGCUACAAGGACUCGAUAGCCGAGGAGGCUUCAGAACUGGAUGGUGAGAUUGACCUCUCCACAUGUUAUGAUGUCAAAGAGUUCCCAGUCCAGAGGAAUUACGGCUUCCAAAUCCUCUGUAAAGAGGAAGCGUGCACCUUGUCAGCCAUGACCUCUGGGAUCCGUCGCAACUGGAUUCAGGCCAUCAUGAAGAAUGUGCGACCCACUAUUGCCCCAGAUGUCACCCGAUCUCUCGCUGACGAGAAGACAAAAGCCCAUGUGAUGUUGGAGCCAUGUCCACAGGUCACCCCUGAGCCAAGUCCCAGUCCUGAGGCCCCCGAGUCUGAUGUCCGCAUCAAUGCCUCUGCCCCUCCCUCUGAGCUCCGAAAAAGCCGAGUUCGUGAGCGCAGACGAGAGGGUCGCUCCAAGACUUUUGACUGGUGUGAAUUCAAAAUGGAACGGACAGAAAAGUCUGUGAAGGAACGAGCGGACACAGUCGACCUCAGCUCAUCAUUCUCUACAACGUCCUCCUGUUGCUCUCCUUCCUCUUCCCCUUCCUCAUUAGCAUCCUCUCCUAUCUCUAGCUCCUCCCUCCAAACCUCUUCUGUGUCAGGUGCUCACCCACCUUCUAUGACAGUAGAAGCAGAAAAAGAGAGUGUCAGGAGGAGUGUCCCUCCACGUAGUACAACCAGUGCAACCCACAUGCCAAAUAGUGUUACUGUUACCAUGAUCUCCACGCUAAACACCUCACCACCGGUACAGCCAUCGAUACCUGAAUGCCAAGAGCAUGGAAAGAUGGAAGUAGACCAUCCUGCCAGUGAAGAUAAGAAAGACAACAGAACCUCAGAUGUCCAAGAGGAGAUUGAGCAGCAAUGGCAUCAGGUGGAGACAACACCCUUAAGAGAAGAGAAGCAAGUGCAGAUCAACACAGCUUCAGGAGACUCUGACAGAUUGCCUGCACAUGAGCUUGCUGCACUGCUAGACAAAGAGCUGGGACAGAAGCAGCAGGAGCUGGACAGACUACAUACGCAAAACAAUGUUUUAAAAGAGCAGUUGGAAGACGCACUAGGGAGGGAACAAAGUGCCAGAGAUGGCUAUGUAUUGCAGAAUGCUACACCCCCUUCCUCUUCACCGCACAGAGUGCCAUGGCAAUGCCUACACAAGCUUAAUCAAGAUUUGCAUGGCGAGCUGGAGACACAAAAGCACAAGCGGGACCUUGCUCAGCAGCAGAUUCGGACACUAAAGAGAAGCUACACAGAAGCCCAGGAUGCUGUGGACCACCAUGAGGCUGGUAUUCAGGCUCUGCAGGCAAAACUAGCAUCUGCAAUGGCUGAAAUCUUGGCCAGUGAACAUGCUGUCGCCAGAAUGCGCAACGAGCUCAAGCUAGAGCAGCAGCGUUCAACGGAACAAGAAGAGGAAUAUGGCCGUGGUGAGGCCACCCUCCGAGCCCAGCUAAAGGACAGUGAAGAUAGACUCCGUGAUAUAGAGGCCAGCCUCUUGGAGAGAAACCAGGCCCUUAGGCACCUGGAGCGCCAGCAGGCCCUGCAACGAGACCACAUGAGAGAGAUACAGAGGCUGCAGGAGAGGCUGCAAGAGGUGACUGCUCGGCUAAGUGCAACUGAAGAGGGUCAGGCACUGAAAGAGGAGCGUCUGAGGAGGGAGCAGCAUAGCAUGCAAGAGAGUCAUGAGAGUGAAAGGCAGAAUCUGUGUCGAAGAUUAGCUGAGGCUGAAAGUGCACAGAAAGAGAUGGAGAGCCGGCAGUUAGAGGCUGAGCAGCACGUGGAGGCCCUGUUAAGAGGGAGGCAGGCCUCUGGAGGAAAGGAAUGCAGGGAGGAAAUGCUGAAAUUGCAAGAGGAGCUGGCCCAGAAGACAGACAUGGUAGAGUCACUAAGGGAGAGUAUGCGUAGGCUAGAAGAAGAGAAAGGCCAUCUCACUUGCCGCUGUCAGGAGCUUCUUAACCAGAUUGCAGAAGCAGACCGUGAGGUGAAUAAGCUCCGCAAUCGUCUCGAAACGGAGGAGGCUGAUUACUACACCCUGGAGCACUCGUAUGAGAGGGCUACCCAAGAGUUUCAGAAAAUAAGCCAGUUCCUGAGAGAAAAAGAGGAGGAGAUCCGGCAGACAAAGGAGAUGUAUGAGAGGCUGGUGGAGCGUAAGGAAGAGGACUUGAAAGAGGCCCUUAUUAAAAUGGCUGCACUUGGCAGCAGCUUGGAGGAAACGGAACAGAAGUUGCAAGCGAAGGAGGAGCUUCUUUGUCAAAUGAGUCAAAGUAUCUUAGAUAAGGUUGAGCCCUGCGGUGCUGAAAAAGAUCUGAAAGCCAAGCUUGUGGUUGCAAAGGACCGCAUAGCAGAGCUCGAGCAUCAUCUCAAUGCCCUGCAGCUGGGCUAUGCUGACCUCCGCGUAGAAAGGCAGCAAAUCCCUGAACAGAGUAAGAAGUCGAGGCUUAAAACAUCGGCCUCCUUAUCAGCAAACAAAGAAGUCUUACUUUCCUUUGACAAUACAUCAAAUACAGAUAACUGCCCAGAUGAUAAGGAGUCUCAAGCCAAGAGACCGAGGAUACGUUUUUCCAGUAUUCAGUGCCAAAAAUACAUAAAUCUAGAGGGCCUAGACACAAGCCUUUUGAGCGGUACCUUUGCAGACAUGAGACAAAAGUUUAACGAGGAUGUAAAUGAAGACAUCCAUGUAAGUGAAGGAAAUAUUUCCUCUGAUAUCACCUUAUCUGACAGUAGUGACCCAGAGAAAUUCAUCUGUAUCAUACAUUCCCUAGAGACUAAACUGUUAGCCACUGAGGAUAAACUAAGAAACCUCACCCAGAAUCUAGAAGAGCAACGAUCCAUCCAAGCAGAGGGCAUUUCAAAGACUGAUUUAAAGAUGACAGAAGCAAAGCCUAACCCUGCUCAGGAGUUAUGUUGUGAAAGUGGGAUACAUAGUAGUGCUGCCAAUAAGCAUUAUGCCAAGGCCCUGGUGUGUGUGGAAAAUAGUCGAGAGAAAGUCAGAAUUAUUCUCAGUGGCUCAUACGAUACCACGGAUUCACAGCUGCACUCAUUGUCAGAUAUAGAGAAUGAUUUGUUCAAUGCAUCUCUGUACAUCCAACAAGGACAUAAGACAUUAGAAGAGCAAUCCCCAGUUGUCCAUCAAAAUCAAACCCCAGAGACUCUAGAUAAAGAAGCUUUGCACCUCUUUGCAAAAACGUUAUCGUUUGAAGCAGUCGUUUUGAACAAGAUGGCUCUGUUAAUACAGACCUCAAAGUCCGACAUCUUACAAUCUCUUGCUGAGAUAUGGGAAGACAUGGAGAACAUUAAAAAGGGUGAUAAAGAUUGCUUGGCUAUAGUUUAUGCUGAUGUAUUGACCAGGAAGUUGAUGUUGGAGAGUUCAUUCUGUAAAGAAUUGGAAAAAGCUGAGACGGAUGAUGCUAAAUCCAAAGAGGGCAGUGUUUCAGCUGAUGCAGAUGUUGAUGCUACAGUUAUUUUUAACACCAUCAUUAAAGCAGAGCUAGCCUACUCUAUUCAGAACCUUAAACUUUGCUAUGAAGAGAAAUUCAAAAUACUGAAAAAGGAGUUGACGCAUGCCCAUGAUAACCUCCAUCAAAGGGAAAUGGCUCUGAAAACAAUUAUUGAAGCGUCCAAAAGGCCUGAUUUGAAAAAUGUAAUAAAAGAAGUCAAAAAUAACUUUGGGUUUAGUAAACCGGAAUUAGCCGACAUUCGCCCCCCUGAACUUGCUCCCUACAUGGAGCAGAUUGAAAUGGAAGAGGCUCGAGGCUUGGCUGAGGAAAUUGUAGACAGACAAUUGGCUGGAGAAAUGCCCUCUUGUGGCGUCGACUCAAUUGAAUCACUGCAAAAUGCACAUGACAGCCUGGCUAAUGAGCUUCAAAGACAAGCGGCCAUCCUCCAUAAGUAUGCUCAAGAGAUAGAACGUGGUGAACACCAUCCUGGACUGGCUAAGAUGAUCUGUGCUCUUCUGGGCCACCAAACUUCACAUAGUUUCACAGGUACCUCGCUCUGUAUGCGCGAAGCCCUAAUCCAGGCUCAAGUGGCAUAUGUGGCGUGCAGGCUACGGGCCCUGCAUGCACAAGACUUGGGCUGGUGUAAGCAGACGGGUCAGAACAUGGGCGCUCUCGUCCAGCAGCAUGCCCGCAAUGUCAGUGCAAUCCAAGAGAAAUAUGAAACAUCCCUACAGGAUGAGCGCCAGAACUUCACGCAAACGGUGUCCACUCUCCAGAAGGAGAACCACACAUUAAAGAGUGAGAUCAGCAAACGUGUGAACCAGCUCUCCCAGCAGCAGAAGCAACUGGCUCUCCUGGAAGAACAUUUUAAGAAGGAGACUGAAGAGCUGAAGCAAAGGCACAAGCAAGAGCUGAACCGAGCAGAGAAAGGCCGUGCCUCAACCGAGCUGGCCCUCAUGGAGACGACAGCCGACAGUCAACGUAAGCUAGAAGUUCUGCUAGUGGACAUGGGCACCAUGGAGGAGAGGAGCGAGGGUCAUGUGAGGAAACUGGAGGAGCAAUUUGAACAGAGGAUCUGUGAGCUCCAGCAUAUCCACAAACAGGAGAUUGAAAAGUUAAAUUCACAGUAUAUGGAAGACAUUCAAUGUAUCCGAAAGCACCAACCGAACAAAAAGGAUCCUCUGGUUUCCCACUUGUUUCCUUGUGAUGAGGCCGCGACACCGAUGGAAGAGGAGGAGCAGGGGAAGAGGGAGGACGCACAGACCAUGUCAGAGUUGGACUCCAUGGUGGUUCUGAAGGACCGUGUCCAGGAGCUGGAGGCUCAGAUGAGCACCAUGAGGGACGAACUGGAGAACAAGCACCUAGAAGGAGAUGUGGCCAGCCUGAGAGAGAAAUACCAGAGAGACUUUGAAAGUCUUAAGGCCACGUGUGAACGUGGCUUUACAGCAAUGGAAGACACACACCAGAAGGUAGUCCAUGACCUCCAGAGGCAGCAUCAGAGGGAGAUUUCCAAACUUAUGGAAGAGCGAGAGAGACUAUUGGCUGAGGAGACGGCUGCCACAAUUGCUGCUAUUGAAGCCAUGAAGAAUGCACACAGGGAGGAACUGGAGAAGACCCAUCGCUCUCAACUGAGUGGAGUGAACUCGGACAUUGAUGAACUUCGUUUACAAUACGAGGAAGAGCUGCAGUCCAUCCACAGAGAACUCGAGGUGCUGUCAGAGCAGUAUUCUCAGAAAUGUCUGGAGAACGCUCACCUGGCCCAGGCACUGGAGGCCGAGAGGCAGGCCCUCAGGCAGUGUCAGAGAGAGAACCAGGAGCUGAACGCUCACAACCAGGAGUUAAAUAACCGACUCACCACAGAGAUUACUCGGAUGCGCUCCUGUUUCACUGGUGAAAUGGCGCUGUCACCACUUACCAAGGGCAAAGAUGUGUAUGAACUGGAGGUGUUGCUUCGAAUUAAGGAGUCAGAGAUCCAGUAUCUUAAACAGGAAAUCCACUCUUUAAAAGAUGAACUGCAGUCUGCUUUAAAGGACAAGAAAUAUGCCACAGACAAAUAUAAGAACAUCUAUACAGAGCUCAGCAUUGUGAAAGCAAAGACUGACUGCGACAUCAGCAAACUGAAGGAGAAGCUGCUCAUUGCCACAGAAGCUUUAGGCGAGAGGACUGUUGACGGAACGGUCACAUCUGGAUACGAUAUCAUGAAAUCAAAAAGUAAUCCAGAUUUCCUGAAAAAGGAACGAUCAACUACGUCCAAGCUAUCAAGAGGCAUAAGGUCAAAGAGCCUGAAAGAGGGACUUACUGUGCAGGAGCGUAUGAAGCUUUUUGAGGCAAAGGAUUCCAAAAAGAUUUGAGUAUCGAGAGUCUGAAUUUUUGUUUCUCUUUCCUGAUCUUGGUUUUUGGUCAGAACGCUUCGGCUUUGCCAGCAACAGCUGACGGCUAUUAUUGGAAAUGCAUUUAUCACGGUCAGUUUUAAACCUGGACCUGCAUCCAUGCCUCUGACAAGUUGUCAUAGUUUUGUUUUGAUUCUUUUUUUUAUUUCUUUUGUUUUUAUUAAUUGAAAAAAAGUUUCUUUUUUUAUCAAUAGAUGUAUAAUCUGUCCGAUAGGUGUCAAAUACGCUGCGAGAGGGAUACAUGACAGCAUUUUUACUGAUCCUCCAAAAUGCCAAAUAGACAACAAUACACAGUAUGAAUAAUAUAUAUUUCACAAUAUGAAUUGAGUAUCUGCUGUAUUUUAUUAUUGUUACAGUUUCUAUAUCUAAUAAUGUUAAUGUGUUAAUGUUGCACCAGUUCUGUUGUACAUAACUACUGGAUAUAUGUAAGAGUAUGGUUUGCUAUUGAUUGUUGGGGCAUCUGCUGUACUAUAACUAUGGUUUGAUUGAUAGUGGAAAACAAUGUGAUGCUUACUUUGCUUUUGUAUGAUAGUUUUAUAAAAUGGAGUGUCUUGUGCGUGAAGGGGGGAAAAGAGGGGUGGGAUUGCACUUAUCACUUGACUACUUAAGGAAGCUUUUUUUUUUUUUUUUGUCUCAAAUUGGUGGAGAGACUUCGAGUCAAUUUUUGCAGUGCAACCAAACAUCCUGACUUCUGUCAAAUUUAGUGGACAACUGUGACUUGUUAGUGAUACUGGAUUUUUUUAAGUUUCUUAAAACCUGGAUUUGUGUUUGCUCUGUUUUGAUUUGGUGUGAGAAUAUCAACUCGGAAGAAAAAAAACUGAACUAUUUAGGACUUUGCAUGACCGUACAGUAUCAUUUGAAUUGCAGAAUGAUCAUGUUGCAUAAUUUUCCUGCUUAAUGCUAUAGUGUGAAACUCUUAACACUAAUAAGCUUUGCUUUGCAAGUCCUACUGUUUAGGUGUUGAGAUUGAAAUGUUUUACUGUAAGCAGCAGUCUUUAAGCACUCGGCCCGACCCCUGACCUCUCACUAAAAUCAAGUUGUGCCUCAACUGAGUGAAGAAUAGAAGCAUCCAUGAAACCUGUGCAGCUAAGGAUACACACUGUAUAGUAUUCAAACCACGCCUUGUGUGUAUGUGUGUGUGUG